AUGCGUGGUUGCAUGCAGAGGUCGUUCUAUGAACAGCCGUGCCGGGAAGAUGCCGGCCUCAGCUACGCUGGAGAGAAAGAUGGGGCUGGCGUGGGCUGUAGCGAUCCGCACUUGACGAGGCGUUUUGUUCGAGGUCCUCAGAAUAUGUAUAAACAAGCAGCAGUGAAAAACUCAGAUACAGCAGAACAAAAGCGGGAGCGCCACAAAGACAAUGACAUGCUAUGCGACAAACACUCGAGAAGGAGCAAGAUGUCCACAUCUGUCGGCUGGGGGAGGCGGUGGCGGUCCGACUCAACGUCUUCUGAAUCUGUUGACGGAAGAGGAGGCAAAGUAAGAAGGACCGAGCGACACAGCAAUACAAAGGGGGGGAAAACGAGCUUCAGUUGUGUCCGCAGGCCGAGCUAUACCAGAAGUCACAGUCCGGAGCGGAAAAAAGGGUCGAGUAGAGGCGACUCAAGGACGGAGAUCCCGGUCGGAGGCAAGGGCGACGGCGGGAGUCGAAGCAGCAACCAAGAGUGUCGGAGCCCCUUGAUCUCGCGGAGAAGCAGAUACCAAGAAACCAGGACUGGCCACGCCAAAGGCAAAUCUGGAGAGAGUUGUCGGUGCAUUUCUCCGGACUAUACCGAAGGAGCAAAGCACCAUGUGUCUGCGGAUCAUCAACGUGGCCACCGAUGCGACAAAAGCGCCAGCACCAACUAUCAUCCCUCAGGAUGUGAAGAAACAAGACAGGAGCCGCCUCAUGCCCACAGACACGGGAGAUCGGCUAGCCGCUCGGAGGAUGUUGCGCCCUCAUCGCCUGCAGAUUCACAAGGCGGCGCGCUAGAGGCGCUUAAGGAACGCGUUCGCGCCAGACUAAAGGUAAUUGAAUGGCCACAGUUGUCGAAGAUGCUUGGUACUCGCACGUAUGCGGAGCAUAUUCUUACCUUACAGGCCUCGGAGAUUCAGAGGAACAUAAUCUAG